AUGAGGUUUGAACUAGUGAUUGACCUGCCUGCGGAGGCAGGCUCUUCUUCGGAGCCCUUUCCAGCGGAGAGAAGAAGAAAGACGCCAGAUACGUCGCACCGCGGCGAGGCUGCCGCGAGGUCUUCCUCGCCCUGCCGUCCCUCGUCUCCGUCGCCCUCUGGCGGCGGGUCCAUACACCAGGCGCGGCGGCGCGAGGGCAGCGCGCCACGGAGGGACGGCGACGCUUCGCCGCUUCAGUGGCCUUUCUUCUCGCACCUCGUGAAUCCCCCGCCAGUUCCUGUCUUUUUCAGUUUCCACGUGGCAGCCCACCUCCUCCAGUCUCGGUCUGCGGCGCUUGCGAGUUCGCCUGCGCCGGCGCCUUUUUCUUCUCUCCUCUUCGCGGACGGAGAGUCGCCCCGGGGGCACGCCGCUGCCUCGUCGAGGCCGCCGCCCUCCGUGCCCUCCUCGCAGGCGUGCGCCUCUUCGUCUACCGCCGCGUCUCUCCCGCCUUCUUUCUCCGCCUCUGCGCCCCUCCUGUCUCCUCUGUCUCCUUCCGCGUCCGCGCAACCCAGCGCUUCGGCUCCUUGGUCGCGUGCCGCGUCGCGCGAGCAGGGCGAGGCCUCGCAGUCUGUUUUCGUGCUUCCGUCGUGCUUCGUCGCCGCGGAGUCACGAGCGGCGGCCUCUCCCUCCCCGGGGGCUUCGCGCCCCUCCUGCCUCGUGUGCAUCUUGGGGAUUCCUCUGUCGCUUCCCUGCGCGUCAUUCCUCAGCGCGCUCGAGGCGUAUUACCCGGCGCUCGCCAGUAUCCAUAUCUUCUCCUCUGCGUCGCUGCAGCGACGCGCCUCCGCCGUGCCCCCUGUCGCUCGCCUCCGCUCCUGCGCGCCCUAUCUGCGCUCGCGCUCUUCGGCGGACGCGUCUACCUCGCCGGCGACGGCGGGCGAGCGGCGCGCGCCACCCGGAGGCCUCUAUCUCCUCCAGGGGUGCUGCGCUGACCGGUCCUACGAAAACGCGCGGGUAGGGAGACGACGCGCGCAAGCAGUCGCAUCAGAAGCUCUCGAGACGGCGGAGGCCGAAGAGCGAAGGGGGGCCGCUACGGAGAUCCCAGAGGGCGACGGAAAAGGCGCGGAGACGCAGCAGAGCCUUGAGAGAGAGGGAAAUCGGGAAACCGUAACUGUCGCAAGGACCGGAGAGAGAGAAUGCUGGUGCCGCGGAACCCGCCUCGAGUGGCUCUCUGCGGCGUCGGCGGCGUGGAUGAGGGAGAUCGAAGCGAGCGAGGGCGACGGAAUGCAUGCGACAAGCGCCCGCGGGAGGAUGAUGGAGCGUGGAGAGACGCUGGAGACGCCCUCGGAAAGCGCGCUGGAUGCUCGGGUGCGCUCCCACGAGGAAGGCGUGGGUUUCUACGGCGCAGUGCUUGUCUUUAAGCACUCCUGCGACGCCACGCGCUUCUCGAAUGCGUUCCACGGCUUGUGUUUCCGCCAUGAGUUGCCCGCCUGCGCCUUGAGAAGGAAAAGCCUCUCCUUCAUAUCCUCUCUCGCGUCCUCGCCGACAUCUUUCCAUGACGCCUCGGCUCCGCCGCCUUCGUCCUCAGCUUCGCCCGCUGCCUCGUCGGCCUCGUCGGUCUCCGGAGUCCCUCUGCGGGCAGAGACAGGGGGCUGGAAGUCCCAAGCCGCUACUGAGAGGGAACGGCGUAACGAGAAGCGCCUCACGAAGAGGAAAACCUGGAAAAAGAGGCUGCCUGACGCGGCUGCAGCGAACGCAAGCGCCUCGCCCUCUAGUGCGUCUUCAUCUAGCGCCUCGCCCUCUAGCGCGUCUUCAUCUAGCGCCUCGCUUUCUAGCGCGUCUUCAUCUAGCGCCUCUCUUGACCGUGAAUGCACUCCCAGCAGUGAGCCUCCUCUCGUGGCUUCCAAUUUCGCUUCGCAUGGCCGUCUGCCUUUCCACGCCGCCUCGGCGGCCGCAUGUGUGCAGGAGAACGUGGCGAGAGAAAACGAAAACGAUAAGUGUGACGUGGCUGGUGAAAGCGAGGGAGGCGCGUGUGUCUGGAGCUCUGCGCGCUGCUAUGUCAUCCCCCUCAGCUCUCUGCACUAUCGGUCGGUCUUCCGCGACGCAGCGCCCGCCGACGCGCAGGGCGAGGCGGCAAGCAAGAGAGAGGAGACCGAGGGAGGAGCGAGUGGCGGGGAACCUGAUGCCGCUUCAGUCUCGCAGAAGGCCACAGAAAGCGCGCGUGGGCAAGAGAAGGGGCUGCAUGCGUUGCGGAGAAGCCUCACGGAUGGGGAUCUCCUCGGCGGGCUCAGCUGUCUGCCGUUGGCGAAGAGCGGGCCUGCGGCGCCCCCCUCCCGUGCCUCAGGGGCUGCCAAGGCGGCGCCCGCUGCGUUCUGGGAGAUUCCGGCGUGCCCAGCCUGCCUCGAGCGCGUCGAUGAGACGGCGACGGGGAUCGCGACGCAGCCCUCAGGUUGGAAAGUUGAAACGCCGCUUCUCUCGCUGUUGGCAGUCGCCGCUGAGGCGCGCAGACGCCGGCGCGCGCAGAGGCGGGACUCUCGAAGGAACCAGGAAUGGCGAAAAAUAAAGAAGUUUGGGCGGGAAGCCGAGGAGGACAGGGCGGAAGACAGGGCUGCAGGGGGCACGGAGGAAGAAGCGGCACAGCAGCGAGGAGAGUCACGGGGGACGCGUCAGACUGCGAAUAUCAACUGUUGCCCGUGUGCGUCUUCUUCGCCUCCGCGCGCAUCUUUGCGUGGUCCUCUCUCUUCGCUCUCCGGAGCGGGGACUGCCUCGCUGUCUCCCUCCCACUCGUCGUGUGUCUCUUUGGGCAACCCCGGGGGGGACUGCGGGGCUGAGGGAGUGCUCGAGAUCCUUUUUCCGCGCUUUCUGCCGAUCGCCGCCGCGGAGACAGCGGCCAUCGCCUCCUGUCGCGUAUGCUUUGCGUUUCUCCUCGCGCACUACGAGGCGGCGCUUGCCAUGGCGCGGCGCGAGCGGAAGAAGGAGAAGCGGGAGGCGAACGCGGGUGGCGGCGCCCCAGCAGAGGACAGCGAGGAAGAUACGCAGCGCGAGAGAGGGAGAGGCCUCGUUCGCUGCGGCUCCUGCACGGAGGAGAACGACUUGUGGCUCUGCCUCGUCUGUGGUCACUGCGGCUGUGGGCGCUACCGUCUGGGUCACGCGAAGGCGCACAGCGCGUUGACUUUUCAUCGAUUCUGCUUGCACCUUCCCUCCGGGCGCAUCUGGGACUACCGGGGCGACGUGUUUGUGCACCGUCUCCUCCUUCCGCUCUCCUCGGCUUCUUCGCUUGCCUCCCUCGUCCUCGCGCCGCUGCCCGCUGCACAGGUGCUGCCGCCUGAGUCGUCGCCGGAGGAAGACGAGCCCGCCCCCCCUGGCGCCCGCGGUCUCCUCGCCUCCUCGCGGGCCUCUCUGCCGCCCGCGGCGGCCUCCUUCCAGCCGACAGCCAGCCCCUCCUCCCCGUCCGCCGCCGCCUCCGCCCGUGUGUCACUCUUUUACACACUCUCUGCGUCGUGGUCCUGCGACUGCCCACCUCCCGCGGAGGCUGGCGAGCGCGCGCGCCCUGCGCCUGGAGCCCGUCUGCGCUGCGAGGCCUACAGGGCCUCGAUCUCCUCCAUCUCGUCUCCUCCUCUCGCACACGCGACCGGCGGCGCCGCGCGCUCUCCGCAGUCCUCGGCGGCGGCGAGCGGGGGGGAUCGCGACGCACACCGAGCUCUCACGCGGGACGGCGGCCUGCUUGCGGAGCCCGAGGGCGAGGGCGUCGAGGCCGGAGAGACCGCAGAAGACGAGGGCGACGGCGGCGAAGGCGAACGAGCCGACGUGGGUGCCUGGCGAGGAGGCAGUCGAGGGGAACGCGAGCCUCAACACAGAACCUCACCCGGAGUCGACCAGCAUGGAGAAGCGGUUUUGCCGCGCCGCCCUUCCUCCGUUUACUCCGCGCCCUGCGGCUUUCGGGUUUCUGAAGGAAGCGGGGCGGCAGCGGUGGCGUCCCGCCGCUGGCUGUCGGGUUCGGGGGAGAGGGAACAGGGGCGCCAGACCGCGGAGAGGAGGACAAGCCGCGAAGGCGAAGACGGAAGAGAGGAAUGGCUGCCUCCGGCGCAGGCGCCGCGAGGAGAAGGCGCUGCGCGCGAGCGGGAAGAAAGCUUGGCCGCUAUAGGGGCUGCCGCGUUCCGACUGCUGCAGGGGGGCGGGCGCGAAGCCCCACGAGAGGAGGCGGUGCCGCAGGACGUGAGGAGGGCGCCCGCUGGGCGCGUUCAUCGUCUCUCCGCGGCCGGCGAGGGCACCGCGGCCGGCGAGGGCACCGCGGCCGGCGAGGGCACCGCGGCCGGCGAGGGCAGCUGCUCAGAGGCGCGCAGAGCGCGAGAAGACAACGAGACGCGCGUGUGUCCCCCUCUGUCGCCUUCCUUUCGUCACCACGCCGAAAGGGAGGUGUGGCGCGCUUUGCCGAUCGGCGCUCCCGCGGGCUCGCUCGAUUGCCUUGCCGCGGAGAGGCAGGGAGAGGGAGGAGAGCUCGAGAGAGGCGAGGAGGGAGAAGGAGCGACGGCGAGGCGAGAUCUGAGUGUGUUCGCUUCGCUGCACGAAGUCCGCAGCUCGGACGCGGCUCACGACGCCGGCGUCGUGAGCCGCGCGUCGUCUCUCUCUCACUGUUUGGCGAAGCGGGGGGGCGAACGAGCCGCCGCGGCCUCGUAUCCUGUCUCUUCUUCUUCGUGGCCUUGUGCGACGCGGUAUGAGUCUCUGUCGGCGGAAGCUCGUCGGGCGAGCGAGCUGGUAUCGUCCUUCGUGUGCCCGCCGGCCUCAUCCUCUACGUCGUCCGCCUGGGGCGGGCUAGAGGCAGAAGGCGCCCUCCGUGCCUCGCGCUCCCUGGCUUCCUGCGCCUCCGUCUCUCUCGCCGCUUCUGCGCCGCGGUCGCUCCCCACUCGCGCAGGUUGCGCGGCGCAAGAGCCGGCGCCUGCGCGGGGGCUGCCUCCUUGGUUCGUAUUCUCGCCCUCUUCUCUCGCGUCUGAUGUGCAGUACGCGUCUGUCUCGGUCUCUUCGCCUUCGGGCGGCACUUCGCCUCCAGGCUCAAAUGCGCCGGAUCCCUCGUCGGCGCCGUCGGCGGAGAGCCGCAGCCCCCGUGCCUCGUCGGCGUUUUCCCCAGCGUCUUCAUUUGCGACUCUCUACUCGCCUCGGCCUGCGUCAGAGGCCACAUCCGGGAACAGUGUGGGGGGGUCGCCGCUGGUGCGCCCACGGGAGGCCUCCUUUCCGUCGUCGCUUUUCUCGGCUCUGUCUGUGCCUCCUUUGGCGUGUGUGCGCAGCGUGGAAGACAGCACGUCAUCUCUCCCCUCGAGUCCGCCGUCGGCGCUCCCUCCUUUCCUUUCCGUCUCUUCGCCCCAGGCUUCUGAGCUUGCGUUGCCGCAGCCUUCCUCGCCUCACGGCUAUCCGCCGCCCGGCACGGCCCCCCCGUUGGUCGGGCGCCCGCUGUCGUCUUCGCAUGGGGCCUCUCUCGGGACUCGCGAGAGCGACGGCGUCGCAAGUUGCCGCUCGCCGAUGCCUCGCAGUGACGGCCCAUGCGCCUGCUCGGCUUCUUUCUCGCCCCUCCGCCACGCUGCGUGCCGCCUCUCUUCUCGCGCCUCCUUCCCUCCGCCGCUCUCGCCUUCGUCGCUUCCGCGCGCGUUGCCGCCUUCCCCCUUCGCGCCAGCGCCUCUCGCGCGCGGCUCGCUUGCGUCGCCUUCGCUCGUGUUUGGGUCCCGGCCGCCGGUCCCUCCGUCUCCUCUGCAGUUUUCGCCUCCCUCCGUCGGGUCUCUAGAUCGGGGGGCAGGAGGCCCCGCGCGCGGGGACCCGGCCUUUUCCUCCCUCGCCUCCUCCUCGUACUGCUACUACUCGCUGCCGUUUCACUCCCUCCCCCAAGACUCACGGGUGCCUUCGGCCUCCUCUCUGCGCGCGCGGUACCUGCGCGCGCUGGUGCCACCUCCAGUCUCCUCGUGGCGCAAAGCGGAGAUGCAGCAGCACUUCUUUUACCCCGCCUGCGAGGGCGGGAAGCCUGCAACCAACGCCGCGUGCGGCGGCGCGCGCCUCUCCGCUGCGUUCGAGGGAGAAGAGGGGGGAGAAGAGGAAGCAGACGCGGAGUGCGCGCUGCACAGCGAGGGGGCGGAGGAGGAGGCCGAGGUGAACCACGCACCGCGGCGGGAUGCGCCAGAUGAGGGAGGAGUCGUCCCAGGAUGGAGGCGGCAAGGCCAGUCUGAAGCAGGCGGGGACCGCGAGCGCCUCCUCCUUCGCGGCUCCCCCCAGGCUCCGUGGGCUGCAGAGCGUGUAAGCGAGCCGCAGCGUGCAGAGAGUCCUCCGGCCUUUGCAGUCGCCUCUCUCUCUCACGCUCCACGUGCUUCUCCGGCGCCCGCCUCGCUGCUGCUUCGAGACGAGGGCGAGAGGCGGGCGGCUGAAGAAGAGGCGAGCAGCGGAGACGACCGUGUGAGGGAGCAGGGGCUUGCAGGCUGCGAGGGGAGAGUCAGCGGGCCGCGCCAGGCUGCGACGUGGACCGCAGCCUCUGCGGAGAGCGCGAAAGAGGCGCCGCGAGGAGAGUCUCCAGAGGACGGUCUGUCGCGCUUCCUCUCGCACAGUCCUUUUCCUUCCCUGCCAACCGGGCUGUUCGGCGAAGACGAAGGCGGCAUUCUAGUCGUUCCGUCUCUGUCUCUCUCACCACGCGAAGCUGCGACCGGAGACGAAGAGAGCGUCGAGAACUCCCCGGCUGGGUGUCUGUCUUUUUCGGCGACAGGGCAUCCGCCACUCCCCCUCUCGUCGUCCUCGCUCCUUUUCUCUCCAUUCGCGACGCCGCCCGCGCUGUCUCUCUUCUCGGGCCUGUCGCCCGGCGGAGAGGAGGACGCGGCGCGGGGCGACCUUGGCGCGGGUGCGACCCCAGACGCGCUUUCGAGGCUCGCAGGCAUGGCCUCAAACGGCGCCGGCGGCUGCGGGUGGCCUGUGCGCGAACGGCGCGACGGAGACGCGCACGCAGACGUGGAGCCCAGGCUGAAUCUCUUUGUCCUCCGCGAGAGAGAGGAAGAGGAGCAUGCGCUGUGGGAGGAGCAGCUCAACAGUGUGCUGUCUAGCCAGCUUGCGUACCAGAGAGAGAUCUACGAAUUUCGCAUCCGAAACCACGAAAACGCCUUUAUCGGGGAAAUCGAAGUGGCGACAGCCACAACCGAAAGCCUCAAUGAGCAAGGCGUCAGUCUACAGGUCCAACUCGCGGAUCUGGCCUGUCAAAGGCGAGAAGUGCUCAAGAGGAUGAAAAUUUCUCAGCAGCGAGUGCGACAGCUUAGGGAGCACAAUCACUUUCUGCGCCAGCUGGUUGACUCUAUGAGACAUGCGUCGAAACCGAAGGGCUCUCCGCUGUCCAUUUCUUCUCCCUCCUCCUCGGGCGCCUCUUCGUCCCGCCCUCCUUCUUCCUGCCCUGCUUCUUCGUCCUCGCCUCCGCCUUCGUCUUCCGUCACGUCUUCCUGUUCAGCUGCGCCCUCCUCCGGUUCGUUCGCGUCUUCUCAUUCUGCGUCUCCCUCCCCUCCACGCCCUGCGGAGCUGUCGUUGUCUUAUGCCUCCGCGCCUCGUCCAGAGGACCCGUCUGGCCCCUUCUCGCGGUCGACAGGCUCGUUGGAGCCCAAGGGACCCGCGUCCCCUGUCUCCGCGGUGGAGACAGUCCCCUCGGAGCCUUCAGUGGACGGGCCUGCGAGUCUGUCUAGAGCGAGCGAUCGAAGACCUCGGGUCUCGCCACGUAAGUACUGCAUCCCUCCUCUGGUGAAGGGCCAACUGCACCCGGCGAGUGCUGAGGAAAGCCCGCCCCGGACCCAGGCGGGUCUCUCUGCCCCGGAGACCCCGCCCUCGGCCUCAGGCCCCGGGGCUGAGCGGCUAGAAGGACAGCAGGCGCUUGUCGCGGAAGCAGAUUCGAAGGAGGUGCACAACAAGAAGGGCAGGGAGAGACGCAGCAGUCAAGCGAAGAAGGGGAAGAAGAAGGAAGUUCUUCACCCUGGGCACAGCGAGGGACUGCCCGAGUUGUUGAACGACACGGGCGCGGAGAGAGACAAAGUGGUAAGCAGAGAGCAGCGUCCGUCUGCGGAGGCCGCGGCGGGGUGUGCCGCCUCUUCAGCAGGAAAACGAAAAGCAGAAAAAAAGGACGCCGCGAGACUCGCCGCACUCGACGCGACAGUGAAUACCCUUCAAGCCGAGCUCGCGCGGCUCUACGAACUCCUUUCGCAAGGCGGAUCGCCGUCGUGA